CCUCUGUCUCCCACACUCACUUCCUCACACUCACUUUCCUUCUAGAACCAAAACCCCAACAACAACAAAAAUGAAGACAAAAGUGCUUCUCUUCUUCCUCCUCCCUCUCCUCCUCUUCUCCUCCACCUCCUCCUCCUCCUCCUCCCCACUCACCCAAGAAGGCCUCUACCUCCAACACAUCAAACACUCCCUCGCCGACCCCGACUCCUCCCUCUCCUCCUGGAACGACCAAGACGCCACCCCUUGCUCAUGGGACGGCAUCACAUGCAACCCUUCCACCCACGUCAUCACCUCCGUCGACCUCUCCAGCUUCAACCUCUUCGGCCCUUUCCCCUCCCUCCUCUGCCGCCUCCCCAACCUCACCUCCCUCUCCCUCUACAACAACUCCAUCAACUCCACCCUACCCUCCGACAUCUCCACGUGUCAGAACCUCCAACACCUCGACCUCUCCCAGAACCUCCUCACCGGCUCCCUCCCCUCCACCCUUGCCGACCUCCCCAACCUCCGCUACCUCGACCUCACCGGCAACAACUUCUCGGGAGAAAUUCCCGAGUCUUUCGGGAGAUUCCAAAAACUCGAGGUCCUCUCUCUCGUCUACAACCUCCUCGACAGCGCCCUGCCCCCAUUUCUCGGCAAUAUCUCGUCCCUCAAAAUGCUCAACCUUUCUUACAACCCGUUCUUCCCGGGUCGGAUCCCGCCCGAGCUCGGAAACUUAACGAACCUCGAGGUCCUCUGGCUGACCGAGUGUAACUUAGUCGGCGAAAUACCCGACUCGCUGGGUCGACUCAGUAAACUCACCGAUUUGGACCUCGCCAUUAACGCCCUUCACGGCCCGAUUCCGGCUUCGUUGACGGAGUUGACCAGCGUGGUUCAGAUUGAGCUCUAUAACAACACCUUGACCGGAGCCCUGCCGCCGGGAAUGUCGAAGCUGAAGAAGCUCCGGCUGCUCGACGCGUCCAUGAACCGGCUGACGGGGCCGAUUCCCGACGAGUUGACUCGGCUGGAGCUGGAAAGCCUGAAUCUUUACGAGAACAACUUCGAGGGGAGUUUGCCGGCGAGCAUUGCCGACUCGCCGAACCUGUACGAGCUCCGGCUGUUUCAGAACAAGCUCACCGGCGAGCUGCCGCGGAAUCUCGGCCAGAACUCGCCGCUGAGGUGGAUAGACCUGUCGAACAACCAGUUUUCAGGGAGCAUUCCGGCGAGUCUGUGCGAGAAGGGGCAAAUUGAGGAGAUGCUGAUGAUCAACAAUGCUUUUUCCGGCGAGAUUCCGGCGAGUCUCGGGGAGUGUCAGAGCUUGACACGUGUCCGGUUGGGUCACAACCGGUUGAGCGGUGAAGUUCCGGCGUCUUUCUGGGGGCUGCCGCAUGUCUAUUUGCUCGAGCUGGUUGAUAACCAGUUAUCGGGGCCGAUAGCCAAGACAAUUGCCGGUGCGGCUAACCUUUCGCUUCUGAUAAUCGAAAAGAACCAGUUUGAAGGUUCGAUACCGGAGGAAAUUGGGUGGGUUGAAAACCUUCUGCAGUUUUCCGGCGGUGAGAAUAGGUUCAGUGGGCCUUUGCCGGAGACAAUAGUUAAGUUACGACAUCUUAGCACGCUGGACCUUCACAACAAUGAGCUUUCCGGUGAGUUUCCGAUUGGGAGUCAGUCUUUGGUUCGGCUCAAUGAGCUCAAUUUGAGGAAUAACCAACUGUCCGGGAAAAUCCCAGAUGGAAUUGGGAACAUGUCUUCGCUGAAUUACCUUGAUCUCUCCGGGAAUCGGUUUUCGGGUCAAGUUCCGGUUUGGUUGCAGAAUAUGAAGAUCAACGUGUUCAAUUUGUCGGAUAACCAGCUUUCGGGUGAGCUCCCUCCUUUGUUUGCGAAGGAGAUGUACAGAAAUAGCUUUCUGGGAAAUCCGGGUCUUUGCGGAGAUUUGGAGGGGUUGUGUGAGAGCAGAGCCGAGGAGAAGACCCAGGGCUACAUAUGGUUGCUGAGGUGCAUUUUCAUUCUGGCUGCCUUGGUGUUUGUGGUGGGUGUGGUUUGGUUUUACUUCAAGUACAAGAACUUCAAGAAGGCCAGCGGUGCUAUAGAUAAAUCCAAGUGGACUUUGAUGUCGUUUCACAAGCUGGGUUUCAGCGAGUAUGAGAUACUGGAUUGCCUUGAUGAGGAUAAUGUGAUUGGGACUGGGGGGUCUGGGAAAGUGUACAAGGUUGUGCUGAGCAAUGGUGAGGCUGUUGCGGUGAAAAAGCUGUGGAGGGGGAAAGUGAAAGAGUGCGAAAGCGAUGAUGUUGAGAAAGGUUGGGUCCAAGAUGAUGGCUUUGAGGCAGAGGUCGACACUUUGGGGAGGAUUAGGCACAAGAACAUUGUGAAGCUUUGGUGCUGUUGUACCGCAAGAGAUUGCAAGCUUUUGGUGUAUGAGUACAUGCCAAAUGGUAGUCUUGGUGAUUUGCUGCAUAGUAGCAAAGCAGGAUUGCUGGAUUGGCCUACAAGGUUCAAGAUUGCUCUUGAUGCUGCUGAUGGGCUUUCGUAUCUGCACCAUGAUUGUGUUCCUGCUAUUGUUCAUAGAGAUGUGAAAUCAAACAAUAUAUUGUUGGAUGGGGAUUUCGGAGCCAGAGUAGCGGAUUUUGGAGUAGCUAAGGUCGUUGAUGCAACUGGAAAAGGGGCUAAAUCCAUGUCGGUCAUUGCAGGUUCUUGUGGUUACAUUGCUCCAGAAUAUGCAUACACACUGAGGGUGAAUGAGAAGAGUGACAUCUACAGUUUUGGUGUGGUGAUUCUGGAAUUGGUUACCGGGAAACUUCCAGUUGACCCAGAAUUCGGAGAAAAGGACUUGGUGAAGUGGGUCUGUACCACCUUAGAUCAGAAAGGAGUGGACCAUGUCAUUGACCCCAAACUCGAUUCUUGUUACAAGGAAGAAGUAUGCAAGGUCCUCAAUAUCGGCCUCCUCUGCACCAGUCCUCUCCCAAUCAAUAGACCAUCGAUGAGAAGAGUGGUGAAGUUGUUGCAAGAAGCGGGAACGGAGAAGCAUCCUCAGAUUAAGAAGGAAGGCAAAUUGUCACCAUAUUACUAUGAAGAUGCAUCGGAUCAUGGAAGUGUAGCUUAACAAGUUCAUAUGGGUAUGGGGAAAGUUUUAUGUAAGCCAUCUUUUCUCAUCAGUUUUCGAGCUUUCCAAAAGCUAACCUCCCAAAUUUCAAUUCAACCCCAACCCCAACCCCAACCCCUCUUGGUGUUUGGUUUGAGGGAAAAGAAAAUUGGAGGAGAUGGGUAAAAAGAAGUUACGGGGAAGGAAGGUUAUGAGGGGGGUUUAAAUUCAAUAGUGUAAAUUGAGUGACCACCACCAAAGUUCUUGUUCUACUAAUCAACCUUAAUAGUUUGCUCCAUGGAAGUGCUGUCUAGUCAUUGUGAUUUUUCUCUGAAAGCACUGAGAUGGGGGAUAUUAUAUGAAAUGGGAAUUUUUGAAUUCUGGCAUUUAUGAGCAAACCCUUGAGCAUUUCUACUUUCAUGAAUGGCACCACAUGUCCAGCAAUUAUACCUGUGCUGGUGGGAAGCCUGUGACAAUGUUCCAGGGUUUAAUGCUUUGACUCAUUCUCUACAGUAAACUCCUACAGUAGUUUUUCUUCUUUAACCAGUUCAUUGCAGCAGAUCGAGGUCUGUAUUAAAGUUUCUGUAAUAACUCCAAAUUUGUAAUUCUAGAUCUGGGAGCUGUUAGAUUGUGCA